AUGGAGGAGGAGCUGAAGUGCCUGGUGUGCGGCUCCCUCUUCCGCGAGCCCAUCAUCCUGCCCUGCUCGCACAACGUCUGCCUGCCGUGCGCCCGCACCAUCGCCGUGCAGACCCCGGACGGCGAGCAGCCCCUGCCCGCGCCGCCGCUGCCCCCGCGGGGCGCCGCCGCCGCCGCCGCGCCCCCUCCCGAGCCCGACCCCGCGGCGGGCGGCGGCGCGGGCGCGGGCGCGGACCACGCGGACAAGCUGAGCCUGCACAGCGAGGCCGACAGCGGCUACGGCUCCUACACGCCCAGCCUCAAGUCCCCCAACGGCGUCCGCGUGCUGCCCGCCGGGCCCGCGCCGCCCGGCUCCGCGGCGGCCCGCGGCCACGCCGGCUCCAGCUCCAUCACCUGCCCGCAGUGCCACCGCAGCGCCUCCCUGGACCCGCGCGGCCUGCGCGGCUUCCCGCGCAACCGGCUGCUGGAGGCCAUCGUGCAGCGCCACCUGCAGGGCCGCGCGGCGCCCGAGCCCGCGCCCGCCGCCUGCCAGCUGUGCGACCGCGCCCCGCCCGCGCCCGCCGCCGCGCUCUGCGAGCAGUGCGACGUGCUCUACUGCGCGGCCUGCCAGCUGCGCUGCCACCCGGCGCGCGGGCCCUUCGCCAAGCACCGCCUGCUCCCGCCGCCGCCGCCGCCGCCCGCCGCGCCGCCGCCCGCCGCCCCCGCCGCCGCCGCCGCCGCCCGCAAGCCGCCCGCCUGCCCCGAGCACGAGGCCGAGAGCUACAGCACCUACUGCGCCAGCUGCCGCGGCCCCGUGUGCGGCCUGUGCCUGGAGGAGGGCCGGCACGGCCAGCACGAGCUGAGGCCGCUGGGGGCCACGUGGAAGCAGCACAAGGCCCAGCUGUCUCAGGCCCUGAACGGAGUUUCUGACAAGGCCAAGGAAGCGAAGGAGUUCCUGGUGCAGCUCAAGAACAUACUGCAGCAGAUCCAGGAGAACGGACUGGACUACGAGGCCUGCCUGGUCGCCCAGUGCGACGCCCUGGUGGACGCCCUGACGCGGCAGAAGGCCAAGCUGCUCACCAAGGUGACGAAGGAGAGGGAGCACAAGCUGAAGAUGGUUUGGGACCAGAUCAAUCACUGCACGCUGAAGCUGCGCCAGUCCACGGGGCUGAUGGAGUACUGUCUGGAGGUGAUCAAGGAGGACGACCCCUCGGGCUUCCUCCAGAUCUCCGAUGCCCUGAUCAAGCGCGUGCAGGUGUCCCAGGAGCAGUGGGUCAAAGGCGCCCUGGAGCCCAAGGUGUCGGCAGAGUUUGACCUGACGCUGGACAGCGAGCCGCUGCUGCAGGCCAUCCACCAGCUGGACUUCAUCCAGAUGAAAUUGCCCCCCGGGCCCCUGCUGCAGCUGGAGAAGUGCUGCACACGCAACAACAGCGUCACGCUGGCCUGGAGGACGCCGCCCUUCGCGCACAGCCCCGCCGACGGCUACAUCCUGGAGCUGGAUGACGGCGACGGGGGCCAGUUCCGGGAAGUGUACGUGGGCAAGGAGACUCUGUGCACCAUUGACGGGCUCCACUUCAACAGCACCUACAACGCCAGAGUGAAAGCUUUCAACGCCGCUGGCGUCGGGCCGUACAGCAAGACUGUGGUCCUGCAGACCUCAGACGGUGAGACGUACCUCCACAGUGGGACAGGUGCUGCCGCCCCGUGGGCGGCCAGGGAGCCGAGCCUCGGGGGACGGCCACACGGUUCACCCCGCCUCAACCGCCCACCCGUGAGGUUGGCCACUGGAGUCAACUUCCUCCUUUGCCCAUUUGAAGGAAGCAAGAGACGGGCCGGGGCUGGAGUCGCCUGGUUCACCUUUGACCCCAACUCUGGGCACCGAGACAUCAUUUUGUCCAAUGACAACCAGACAGCCACCUGCAGCAGCUACGACGACCGUGUGGUGCUGGGCACGGCUGCCUUCUCCAAGGGCGUGCACUACUGGGAGCUGCACGUGGACCGCUACGACAACCACCCUGACCCCGCUUUCGGCGUGGCCAGGGCCAGUGUGGCCAAGGACAUGAUGCUGGGCAAGGAUGACAAGGCCUGGGCUAUGUACGUGGACAACAACCGAAGCUGGUUUAUGCACUGCAACUCCCACACCAACAGGACGGAAGGCGGCGUGUGCAAAGGCGCUACGGUGGGCGUGCUGCUGGACCUGAACAAGCACGCCCUGACCUUCUUCAUCAACGGGCAGCAGCAGGGCCCCACAGCGUUCAGCCACGUCGAGGGGGUCUUCAUGCCCGCCCUCAGUCUCAACCGCAAUGUGCAGGUCACCCUGCACACGGGACUGGAAGUGCCAACAAGCCUGGGGCGGCCCAAACUGUCAGGCAACUAGCCUGGCACCCCUGCUGCCCAGCGCCUGGGGCCGAGGCCUGCGGAUGCGGCCGCACCCCACUCCCUGAGCUCCAACCCCUCAGUGAGGCCAGCAAGUCCCGGCCGGAACAGAGCCGUCCAGUGGGCGC